GUCGCGAGCGGCAGCGUAAAUUUCACACCAACAGUCCGAAUACGUCGAUUUAGCACCGAAAAACAUGACGAAACUAUUCGAAUGGUUCAUGGCCGCGGCCUGCUUUCUUAGUGUGUACUUUGCAAUAGUUUUGCGGCAAGUGAAGCACGAUCUGUUGGAUCAGUACAUGUUUGAAAUUAAGCUUUCUCCCUUAUUCUUGGUGGUGCUGUUUGGGAUCUACUCCGCAACCGUCGUGUUGUAUCGAACAUUCACGUUCAACAAUUGCGAGGAAGCUGCGAAGGAACUGAUGGAACAAAUUAAGGAAGCCAAGGCCGAUCUCCGAAGCAAAGGUCUAGUGCUGAGUGAUUAACGUGAUAAGCGUGGUGUGUUAGGUUUGCUUGUAAAUAAAAUGUUUUAUUGAAUGAAAAAUUAUUACUAAUCCAGAAUGCAAACCGAACAUUGAUUCUUAGAUUUGAUUCAUCAAUCAAUCCCAAAAGAUUUAAAGCCUUUAUGCGUUACGCCCCUAUAUUUUGUAGUUUC